AUGAAUGAUGUGGCGAUAGAAUACUCGCAAGUCGCCUUGCCGACUGAUAGGGAUGUGCAACCGUCCUUUUCGGUCGGUGAUGGUGUGCGCAUCCCAGAAGAGCAGAAGCCCUUUUAUUCGCCUCGAAAAAAUAUUAUUGUGCUUGAACUGGGUUCUUUCUGCAUCCGUGUUGGCUUUAGCGACAAAGAGGACCAGCCGCCCAUCACCAUUACCAAUGCCAUUGCCUAUCGUCGGUACCUCCAGCACAAGUCCGAUUCGAGUGACACCGACGAGACGAUCGAAAAAAAAAUCGACGAUUCACACAAAAAGCCCAAUUGUGUUUUAGACUCUAAGACCGGCGCGAGUAUUUUCUCCCCGGAGGUGGAGUCGCUGGUUUCUGAGCUGGAGGAGCGCUAUGCGUCCGCCUACGACAAUUUGAAGCGCACGUCGACUUCGGUUCGACUAUUGAUACACGAAAACUCGUGUGAGACGCUUUCAGAAGAAAGUGAUACGCCCACCGAAUGGAUGCCUAUAGAAAACAAUACGAGUUAUUUCAUUGGGGAUCAGGUGCUGUAUCUCGACGAUUCCGAUCCCUACAACAUUUAUUUUCCAUUUUACGCGGGUCAUUUCAACUACAAAUAUCUCCAUAUGACGUGCCCUGAUCCAGAUCGUCAGUCUUUUGCCAUCACGCACGCCUUCGUCAAGGACAGCAUUACCAAGAUUUUGACCGAGGUGUUCCUAGUCUAUAUGGACGUUCGCAAGGAGGAGUUGGCGCUGUACGAUGUGAUGCUCGUAAUUCCAGAUUCUUUUUACAAGAGAGAGGUCAAGGAUUUGAUUCACAUACUGCUGCUGGACAUCGGUUUCGGGAACAUCUUGCUUCACAAGUCUGGUCUUUGCGCUGCGGUGGGAUCCGGAAAAAGUGCGUGUUGCGUUGUGAACAUAGGAUAUUGUCAUACAACGAUUUCGUGCGUUGACAAUUUUGAGGUUCUGAAGCCGAGUUUAAUGUCUCUGCCCUACGGGGGGAUUGACGUCAGUCUGUUCCUUAAGGACCUACUUGCUAGAUCGAGCGAGGUGAACUUUUUCAAGUAUCACUCGGCCAACAUUCGAAAGUCUAUACAAGAUUUGAUCAUUUUCGAGGAAAUCAAGGAGUCGACUUGUUGCUUCGAUGUCAACUCGAUCAAGCCAGAAAUGUACGUGUUUCUGGUCAGACAUCGCAGCACGCCGACUGUUCUGUACCGUCUAGACAUCGGCAUGGCUCAGCUUAUCGCACCGUUUGUGUUGCUCAACCCAGCGCUCAGACCCAAGACCGAGCAGGAACUGGACGACCCGCGUCACCGGAUGUGUUGUCUAGAAGAUGAUCCUGAGGACCUUUGGGCGAACGUCUGGCUAAACCGCCAUUCUUCUAGCCAAUCGUGUUCAUCAGAACAUUCUAAGCCAAAGCACAAAAAAAAGGCCGGCGACAAACCGUCUCAAAGCGGCGGACUGACAGAAAGGGUAAAUCCCGCCGCUCCUCAAACCGAGGGCGACGUGGGCGAUGAUGCCAUGGUACUGGGCGAUGUUUCAGAAUCGGUGGAAAUGUCAUCUCCCAAUCCGAAAUUGAAUCAUGCAGAAAAUUCUCUUGCACAAAAAAUCAUUGAAUCCAUCACCAACAGCACAAGUCAGCCACGUCUUUUGCAAACCUUCUUUAACCACAUCGUCCUAAUUGGUGGAUCCUCCUCCAUUGCCGGGCUCAAAAACCAGUUAGAGUCGGAAAUCUGCAAACUUCUGCCCGACGAUUCCAACAUCCAAGUCAUCGCUUCUCCCCCCUCCACCGGCGUCUCACCUUCGAAUUGCGUAUGGCGUGGUGCAUCCGUUUUGGUCUCCAAGACGCCGAGAGAGUAUUGGCUUGAUCGCGGAGCGUUCCGACUACGAGGACUGACUGCCCUUCGAGAAAAGCUCUUGUUUUCCUGGGAUUCGAUUUAUGCGAGCGCUGACAAAUGUCCGGCCACGCUGCGGGAUGUCUUUCACCACAUUCAAGUCGAGACGGAGAAAAAAUUUGCUGAUCCAAGAGUGCGAUACACAUCUGUAUCAGGUUUUUUGUUUUUGAGAUUCAUCGUUGCGGCCAUAUUGGGACCGAAGCUCUUCAACCUAGCGUCAGAUUACCCAUCCACCAAGGUUUUGGCCAACCUGACAGCUGUUUCUCGGAUACUGCAGAAGAUUGCCAAUUUCACACCGUUUGAUUUUUCUCGAAAGGGCAACCAUCUCGAGCGCGAGGUGUAUAUUGAGAACAAGAGGGAAUUGAUGAAGGUGUUUUUGGAUGAGAUAUGCAGGCCUGAGGUCGAGAAUGAUAUGUUCGAUCCCACUCCGGUGGAUUUGCCGGAAGAUCUUGCUUACCUGCAAUAUUUGUUCGAGCAGAAUAUUGAAAAGCUGGAUAUGUUGGUGAGGGACGCGCAGAAUCCGAUUCACCCUCAAGUAGUUAGAUUGGUUGAAAUUUUAGACAGGAUGGCCAUGGCGACGCCCAAUCCCAGAACAGCAUUAUUGGUGAAAAAUGAGCGCUCUGAGUUAGUUCCUAAUCCGGAAUUUAGAAUUACGUGUUCCGGCGACAGAAUUGGUCUUGGUCGGUACUUGUCUGACGAUUCCACUACAGGGUGGUCCGUGCUUGAGCGUUCUUUCGAUUCUUCAAGCACUCCAGACAUGAUGGACAGCGGACUGAGUGUUAGCAGCAUACCGAGCGUUCCCAGGGAUUGGCCUGGUGCCGUCACUGAAAGAGGCACUAGCGUCAACCGCUCGGACGCACCUCAGGUUAGAGCCCGGAUUUUUGUUCUAUACAUGUCAAGGAAGCUACUGAGAGGUCUUACUGAUGAAUCAAACUUACAGAGCAAUAACAGCGGUAAUGGGAUGGUCGGGAGCGACACCAGUGAAAUUUCUGGUGACGGGGCGCUUGACACGCAGAAAGACUAUAUGAUUGUUCGUAUUCAAAUGCCCGUUCUGCAGGGGUACUCGACGAAGCGCUUGCCCAAAGCUGCUAAGAUCGCUGAGGUUAUAUCGAUUCUUAACAAUUCGAUGCCGGUGAAUUUGCGUUCAAAUCGUUACAGAUUGUACUGCAAUUCUCUGAGAAUACUAGACGAAGAGGCGAGUUUGUGCUCCUACGGUUUGAGGCCUACUGAUAAAAUAGAGUUGAAGAGGGGCGCGGAGUUCGAGUUUGAAUACGACAAAGAAGGUCGAAAGUUGAAGAUUGUCCUUGAGAGUAUUAAGUAUAGGGUUGAGGAGGUGUUCAAGAAGCUGGCCGAAUUUGUUUAUCCGGACAAGGUUGGCGUUAGAAAUUAUGUUUUUGUGUUGUAUAAAGAUACAGGAGGCAAGUUAGAGUUUUUGGAACCUCAUCGGAUUUUUGCCUCCUAUAAGCUUGCACCUGGGCAAUAUUUGGUUUUGAAGUGUCUCAAUCAGCUGACAGAGACAGUUGUGGGUGCCGAACGUUUAUGCCUUUAUUAUUCGCCCAUUCAUUUUUUGGAAUCUCAGCGCGCUUAUUUUUUGAGGCGCGGCUACCUUGAAAAGAAGGGCGGUGCGUCCGGCGGCCGCAAGAACUGGCUCCGGCGAUAUUUUGUGUGUACAGAGGACAGGCUAUUGUACUAUAGAGAUGCGAAGGCCCACGGAGAGAACAAGCUGCCUCUUAACGCCAUUUUUUGGGACGACUUUGUUGAGGUUUCGUUGGAUUUUCCUAAGGAAGGCGGGAGUCGGUCUAAGAGGAGCGACAUUUGGCAUAGCUUUUGUUUGAGAACCAAGUGGCCUUCAGAUCGAGUACUGUGGAUGUCUUCGAAGGACAAGACGGAGGUGAGUAAUUGGGUGAUGUCUAUCAAGAUGCUUGGCGAGACGGCGUUGGAGUUGCAGGCGAUUGAAUCGGAGGAGCAAAUUAGGUUGAGGCAGAGCGAGCAUUACGCAUUUAUUGAGUCGUUAGGGAGAAAAAAUAAGAAGAAACAGUUGGAAGACGCUGUCACAUCGCCAUACAACGUUCGCCAUGACUCUCACGUUGACUUUGAUUUCAAGUGGGUUGGAGACAAGCCGGAGGAAAUUUUCAACAUUCAAGAGACGGUAGGAAAGGGGUCUUGGGGAAAAGUUCUCAAAGCGGUCCAUAUUGCGUCGGGGUAUACGUUGGUGAUUAAGAUCAUUGCCAACACCGACCAGAAGAUGCAGGAAUCGAUUCGCAAAGAAAUUGAAGUACUGAAUCGGUGUAGAAGCGAACUCGUGGUUGCUUACUACGGGUGCAGCAUUAUGCAUGAUAAGGAAACUUGGAUUUACAUAGAGUAUUGUGAGAUGGGUUCUAUUAAGGAUAUUAUGAGAAUUUGCAACAUAACUCUGACAGAGUCUCAGGUGGCCUAUGUGGCACUCGAGACGUUGAAGGGUUUAAUUUACUUGCAUCACAACAACAUUUUGCAUUUAGACGUGAAGGCGGCUAAUAUUUUGGCGACGAGCCAAGGGACGGUUAAAUUGACCGAUUUUGGCGUGUCUGAGCAGCUUCGAGCAGGUACAAACGAAUCGCUUGAUUAUGUUGGGACACCUUUGUUUAUGUCGCCUGAGGUGAUCAAGAAAAUAGGUUAUAGUGGAAAGACAGACAUUUGGUCUUUAGGGAUUGCGAUUAUUGAGAUGGUUGAUGGCAGGCCACCUAAUUCAGACAUUAAGUCUAUAGAGGAUCUUCCCAAGCUCUUGAAUCGUCCUCCGGCUACAGUGAGCUCUCCCGAGAAGUUUUCGCCCGAAUUCAAUGAUUUUGUUAAGCAGUGUCUAGUCAGGGAUCCAACCGAGAGGAAGUCUGCUAUAGAGCUCAUUGACCACCCGUUUAUGCAGAAGAGUAAGGGACCCUCUUCGAUAUCUGAUCUCAUCGCUCGGUGUCAGUAUAUAAAGUCUAGGGCUCGUAUUUCUUGAGGCGGGGGUGUUUUUUGGAUGAUUCUGCGUUUUAAUUUUUUUUUUGAGGGUUUUGGUACUAUUCCAAUUCCAUACAUGUGUUUAUGUGGAUAUAAUCCGCGUUCGACUUUCAGACCGAGGUAGUUGUGGUUCGUGCGGCCCACUCAUUUGUUGCAGGAAUAGGUAGCGCCGUCGGGCAAGAGUUUGGUAAAGGUUUGUUGAAGUCAGGGCGACGAGCGCACUGUAUUACACACAAAUUGAGUUUCACUGCGCAGAGAAGCAGUUAUUUAUCUGCUUUUAGAGAGAGACAGACACAUGCAAGUUACAUUCUAGAUCAAUGUCAUCGAAUUUGAUUGAGGCGUACGAAGCCGAGUUCAAGUCGCUUUAUGAUACGACGCUCUCAAAGGAAAACCAUGUUUGGAAGUUCUCUCAAAUGUUCAGCGAUGAGGAAAGUGAUUUAGACAAAGAAUCUUUGAGCGAAGGCGGUAAUUGGAUAUCUUGCCUGGCGUUUGACUCGACUGGGAGUUACCUGGCAGUUGGGUACAACUGCGGUCAAGUUAUUCUUUUUCGAGAGGGCGAAAGCCAUUUUUAUAAUCCCUACACUAUGUUUAAAAGCCACGAUAGCAAGUUUGACGUUUUGACGUCGAUAGAAAUUGACGAGAGGAUUAAUAUGCUGAAAUGGUAUCCCUUUCCUCAGCGUGGAACGCAACGUUUGUUGACGACCAACGACAAAACUAUCAAGCUAUUCAGAAUCAUGGACCGGUCUCCAUUUUCAGACCAAAAAAAAGUAAAUCCUUCCGUCAAAAUGGAGCGCGCUUAUGAGGGCUGUCAUCUUUGCAAUAUUAAUUCUAUUGCAUUCAACUCAGACGGAGAGACCUUUAUUUCUGCCGACGAUCUCAGGAUCAAUUUAUGGAACAUUGAAAUCAACCACGAAGUGCUUAGCACCGUUGAUAUUAAGCCUCAAAAUAUGAACGAAGUGUCUGAAAUGAUUACAUCCGCCGACUUCCAUCCGUUCGAUUGCAACUAUCUAAUUUAUGCCAGUAGCCAAGGCAUCGUUAGGAUGGGCGAUUUGCGUGCCGGUGCUCUGUGCGAAAAACAAGCAAAAGUUUACCGAUGUUCCACCUUCCAAUCAGAUGGCUUUUUUAACGAGCUCACAGCCUCGAUUGGUGACGUCAAGUUCAGUCCUUGCGGGCGUAUGUUCUGUUCUCGAGACUACCUCAGCAUGAAGGUUUGGGACAUUCGACAAGAUUCUGGCCCGCUGAAUGUAAUCAAUUUCCACGACUAUCUGAACAUGCUCUGCGACCUAUACAUAAACAAUGCUGUUUUCGACAGAUUCAGUUUCUCAUGGAGCAACAACUCGGCUCAACUGAUUACCGGAUUUUACAACAACAACUUCUACAUAUGUAACACAUUUAAUAACCAGCGACAAUGUAUCAAGGCUGUUAAACCGACUUCGACCACAAUUACAAAAAGACUUGGCGACCCUAUUGUUGAACCCCUGAUGUUCAAGCAAAAAAUCCAACAUACGGCUUGGCAUCCAAAGGCGAAUGUAUUUGCUCUUGGCACCGGAGACCUUGGAUAUAUUUACCAGCAGCAUCCUCUACUAGAUGACUGAACCUCACACCGGCUUUUUGCAUCUACACAAAGGCACUCCUACUCCGUUCGGUCGUGUGAUAACAGAGAGAUUUUGGACACUUGGACUUUUCAAGCAUUUUGCAUUCUUGCUGUACCGAUGUACAUAAAAAAGAUAUUUUCCGCUUUUUUUUUGUUA